AUGUCCCCCACAAACAACCGCAUCUCGCCGGCCCAUUCCCGUCCCCAUCCCGCGUCCCCCUUUGCCCGCGCCCGCCCUGACCCGGACUACGAGUUCGAUCUCAGCGCCUCACACUUUCCAUCGCCCUCGAAGCAGCAUGGCUCCACGCGUCCUCGACACACCCUACGCACCGGAACUCUAGCAGGCGCGUAUCGAGCCGCGUCGCGUCGCCCAGCCAUGACAGACGAAGAUCUCUUGCUCGCGGGAAUGGCCUCCUCCAGUCCUCGGCGCAAUCGCCAGGAGUUCAUUAACGCCCUCUCCCCCUCGUCACAACCGUCCAAUCCCCCCGAAGAGCUCGUGGACGUCUACAAAAGGAUUGAAGAAGAUGGCACAUUGGCAAACUAUGUACGCUCCGAGGAGGACUGGCCUGAACCUGCACAAUAUCCUGAGGCGCGUCCGGCCAGCACCCGCAUCAGUCGCUCCACCUCGCGAACUAGGGAGAGGAACAGCGGAGUUCCACGAGGAGAUGGGCCCAUGGUUUCGGAUACUGGGUUUCACGACGAUACCGGCAACAGUGUAUUAUCGCGCAGGAGAAUCUCAGAUACCAGGGACGAGCAGCGUCUCCGACGCGUCACGGGCACUGAUUCUCCGAUCUUCAGUCGCGCACACACCGGGAGACAAGCGGCGUUGACGGCGGACAAUCUCCAGCGCCGUGACGACGAGGAUGAUCAUACCCAACCGCCGGAGGAGGACGGUGACCGUGGACCCUCGUUGAAUCUGCCGUCUACCUGGGGCAGUCGCGCAUCCCGUCGACAGGAAUGGCUCAGGAAUGUCAGUUCACACAAUGCGCCGGAGCAACGAGAAUCGGAAAGUAUUCUACCCCGGACCAAGACAACGAACGAGACAAUCUACAAACCUCUACGUGCUUCGCCUCGACCAUCAGAGCGGAGCAGCCUUCCGACACGAAGCGCUCUUGGUGAACGCACCGCCAACCCUCUUGCGCAAGAUGCGCAGGACGAAAAGAAAGCGGACGGGAAUGCAAGCUCGGGUGAAGGCAAUCCCAUCCCCAACACACCCAUUGUGGUUUACAAAAAUUCCGCAUUCAACAAACCAAGUACUAUCAAACGAGACUCACAAGAUCUGCUGCGGCGACUGUCGAGGACAGAAAGCCCCAAGCUUGAUCAGAUCGCGACCCCGGAUCCACCCAAGCUAUUCGAAAGACGCGUCUACGACAAAACUCCCCGAGUCACCGGUGCAUGGAUCGAUACGCCUGUUACCGAGCGGGUGACAGAAAUACCGAAGAAUCUCACAAAGGACAUUGUUCCUAAGCCAGUUUCGGAGAAGGAGAAGGAGAAGGAGCCUGCGCAGGAACCGAAAUCUUCUGGUAAUGAUGAUAUAAACCUGGAAGCACAACCCACAAAACGGUCGAGACCACCAUUGAUCCGACCUAAACUGCCGAAAAGUGCUUUGGAGACGGUCAUGGAGGACUUCAACUCUGGCAAGGAGCCGCUCGAUAUGGGUGAUGAUACCAUUAACUCCCUACAACUGAUUCUGGACGACUCGGGGGAGCUAAAAACCGAAGAAGAGGACGACGCUGCGUACGAAAAGACGGUGCUUGAGAAACUCGAGCUUGCCAACGCCUCCGAGAACAAAGACCUGGCUGAUAUCGACCGGCUGAAUCAGAAACUGCUGUCGCUAAGGAAGAACAUCAACGAAGUGAGGAAGGGACUCGAUGGUCUGGAUGGUCAAGUCCAGCGAGAAAGACAACUCGAGUCGCAGUCGAAAGAGAAUGGUCAGCAUAUGCAAAGCGGCCGCUCGUAUCACGAUGGUCGUGUCUAUGCUGCCAUUCCCCUGCCUCGAUUGUGGGAACGGCACCCCAUUUCCCGGCGUCUCCAGCUCACUAAACUGGGGUUGGUCACUUUUGUCUCCCUCACAUGGUAUGUCGUCGAGUGCAUUAUGUGCGAGCAGUACUGCCACCCCGUCAUCUCCGACAGCUGUGAAGGCUACUGUCUCCAACCCGACGCUCCCCAUUUCCCAUGGGUGACCGUGACAAUGCUGUGGCGCUGGUCUCAUCUGUCUACCCUACUUGCGCCCGUUAUUACAGUCACUGUGGCUAUCUUCCGACUUGUAGCGCAAUUGCUGGGUUUGUCUGAUGGGUAUGUCGAUGAUGGGCCGGCUGCGCUGGGGAAUCUUGUCGGUGAGAUUCGCAUCAACGGUACCCCCGUCUCGUUCCCGUGGCUCUCGUCACCUUCGGCACAGAGUGUCGGAUCGUCUGAGCAGCAGCAACAGCAACCGGUAUGGACUGAGCGUAUUGCGCCUCCUCCAGCACGGGCAGAAGACGAUCAGAUCUCGAUUGAUGAUGAUGAAUAUCUUUGA